AUGAUUGCUUGCGAUGAUGAGAGAUCGGUCGCAAUAUACAAAGCUGCUAUAGCCAAGGUAGGGGAGGUAUACCCCGGCGCAAAACUGGUAGCAGUAGAUAGAAAGGACAUACCAUCCAGACCGAGAGCAAGGGUAUGGAUCCCGGCUACACCAUCAAAGCCGGAUCAGAUUAUGCAGCUCAUAAGAGCCUGCAACCCGUGUCUGCCCACGGAGGGGUGGAAGUUCAUCAAGGCAUUUUACAAUAGUGUAGCAGAAUCUGGCGUGGAGACCAAGAGGGCAAUGAUGCAGAUUCUGCUGUUACUAACAAAGGAAUCCAUAGAACCGCUGGCGAAAAGUGGCGGGGAGAUAAACUACGGUUUCACGAAAGUGAGAACUAUACCAUACAAGUCGGACGCCGAUGCUGCAGACCCUCUAGCAUCGGCAAGCGAGGCAUGCGAAGUAGAGAAAGAUCCUAUGGAGUCCUCGAGCGAUGUAGAAAGUAUAGAGCAAGCAACAACGACACAGUAA